UCAAUUUUCUCUGUAAAAAGAUUCAUGAGUUCAUUACUACCAAGGUGCGGAGGAAUAACCAGGUCAGGUGAUGUCUGUUUAUUUGUUAAUUUAGCAACUGUACUAAAUAAAAACCUUGGAUUGUUUUUGUUAGUUUCUAUGAGGUUGCGGAGGUGCUCAGCCUUUGCUGCUUUUAGUGCCUUUUUAUAACAGUUUGCACUCUCUUUCCACAUAAUUUUAAAGACCUCUAAUUGGGUUUGUUUCCAUUCACGCUCCAGUUUACGUGUUUCUCUUUUACGGGCGCGAGUGGAGCUAUUGUACUAUGGUGCUACGUUUUUCUCAUUAAUCUUUUUUGACUUCAUAGGUGCGACAGCUUCUAAUGUAUUAGAAAAAAUAGUGAACAAUUUGCUGGUCAUGUCAUCGAGCGAAUUUAUAGUCUAAUUUCAACGGUUUGGCUGUAGUCCUGAUUCAGACCAGCAAUGAGUGUAGCCAAAAAGUGUUAAAAUUGUUUAUUAUAAGAUCAUCAAAUCCAAGUAAACAUUUAAAACAUUUGAAAUAUACAUUAUUUAUAUUAUAUUUUCUGUCACAUUACAUUGAUACACAUUCUACGAAAUUAUUUUUCUUUAAUUUUAACAAAUUAAAUAAAAAUGCAAUUACAAUUCUUGACCGCUAGAUGGCAACUGUAGCCCUACUGAGACUUCUGACAACGCGAGACCUGAAAGUUAGUAGGAGCACUGUUGGCAGCUUGGUAUGCACAAAAGUAGAAUUAAGAAAGCCAGGAUAACGGAAAAGGACCUAGUUUAAUCAGUGCAUCCCGUAAUUUACCAUAAAAAUACUUUUAUUUACACAAAGCAUUGCAUACAUACUUGGGGAUUUUCACAGUAUCUGAUGAAAUAAUGUACAUAGGCGGCCCGUGUUGAAAACGCAAUGUCAGCGCAUCUACGUGGCGAUGAUGAUAGUUGAUGUGCGGCGUUAUAGGAGGAGCACGAUUUUUUACAGGGCGAGACGACCACAGAAUCCACGUGUACCCCGUCACAGAUGAAAACAGGGAUUCUGAUGCCCGGUUUAACAGAACGCAGUUUCAUCAUGGAGAGACCACUGACUGCUACCGAGCGAGGUGUGAGAUCCCAUGCAGCAUGUAGCAUGAUCAUAGCAAGGUUUCUAUUCCUGCUCAUCCUGCCUUCAUUGAGUAUCAGUGCUCCACAAAUCCAAACCAUCUCCAGUGAUGGCGUCCUCACACCAGAACUUGUUAAUCCCUUUGGACCUGACGAAGACAACCGCAGGCUCCUGCAAAGCUACAUCAAGAGCAAGUUAAAGGAGGGUCAGACCAGUCCAGAGCUCAACACAAGGGAACAAGAGUUCUUCCUAUUCUCGCUGUAUGACUAUGAUAGAAGUGGGCAGAUGGAUGGCCUAGAAUUGAUGCAGCUUCUGACUGAUUUUCUUUCUUAUCAAGCAAUAAGGCCAAAGUCAACAGACUCUGUAGUAUCUUUGGUGGAUCACCUCCUGCAAACUCAAGAUCUGAACCAGGAUGGGUUAUUGGCUCCCUCUGAGCUGUUAUCAUACACGCUUGACCAUGAGCAAGAAAACAACAUUGUGCCUCCUGAAGUCCAAGCUGAGAUGGUAGAAGAGACAAAGAGAGAACAAACGGAUACAAAAACAGAGGGAGGAGUUCCUGAAAUUCACCUGCAAGAGGCAGAGAUCCAAAAGAACCAAGAGCCUGAACAGGACCAGCUUGUAGAACAUGAGAAUGAGACACAACCAGCUCAACAACACCGACAGGUUGAGGAUCCUAGAGAUCUAAACCAGAUACCAGAACAGCCAGCUGGACAACAGCUUUAA